UGGAUCAUCAGACUGGAUCUCUGACCAUCACAAACAUCACAAACACAGACUCUGGACUUUAUAAACUACAGAUCAACAGCAGCAGCGGCAGUCUUCUUCAGCUCUUCAAUGUUUCCGUCUAUUAUGCUCCUCAACGACAGAAAAUGAAGACAGUGAAGGAGGGAAAAUCUGUCACAUUAGAUCCUGGUGUAGUAAAAAAAACUAAUUAUUUGAUGAAAUGGGUCUUUAAUGACGUUCGCAUCGCUGAAAUCAAUGGAGAUCUCAGUUUUAUCUGUACAGAUGUUCAGUGUUUAUAUGCGGAUGUCAGAUUCAAAGGCAGACUGAAACUGAAUCAUAUGACUGGAUCUCUGACCAUCACAAACACCAGAACCACCGACUCUGGACUCUAUUAUCUGCUGAUAACCACCAUCCGAUUCAACAUCAUAAAGAGCUUUAUUGUUGAUGUCACUGGUUAUGUUGAUGCUGCGAGUGUGUCAGUGAUGGAAGGAGAUUCAGUCACUCUAUACACUGAUGUUAAAACAAACCAACAAGAAGAAAUAAGAUGGUAUUUUAAUGACAUUCGCAUUGCUCAAAUCACAGAAGAUCUCAGUUUUAUCUGUACAGAUGUUCAGUGUAAAUAUAGUGAUGAGAGAUUCAGAGACAGACUGAAGCUGGAUCAUCAGACUGGAUCUCUGACUAUCAGGAACAUCACAAACACAGACUCUGGACUUUAUCAUAAACAAGUCAUCAGCGUCAGCAACAUCAAUGACGGCAUCUUCAGUGUUACCGUCUAUGAAGUUCUUGCUGCUGAACGAGAUGAAAUUAAGAGAAAGUCAGUGAAGGAGGGAGAAUCUGUCACUUUAGAUCCUGGUGAAACUAAAAGCCCAAAUGAUGUGAUGACGUGGUAUUUUAAUGACAUUCUCAUUGCUGAAAUCACUGGAGAUCAGAGUAAGAUCUGUAGAGAUGAUCAGUGUGAUGAGAGAUUCAGAGACAGACUGAAGCUGGAUCAUCAGACUGGAUCUCUGACCAUCACAAACAUCACAAACACAGACUCUGGACUUUAUCAUCUACAGAUAGGCAGCAGCAGAAUCAGCAUCAUAAAGAGCUUCUGUGUCACUGUCCCUAAUUCAGGUCUGUCUUCAGCCGCUGUAGCAGGAUUAGUAGUCCUAUGUGUUGGUGUAGCUGCAGUUGUUGCUGCUGGUGUGAUUUAUUAUCGCAAACGUCAAGCAGGACAACAUAACAAUGUUACAGACAUGGUGAUGCAGUUCAGUAAUCAGAUGGAAAAAGACCCUGAUGAUGACUCCUGCCAAUGAAUCUGACUGAACCUGAAGCUGCCCGUGAGACAUCACAGAAACUUUAUUAUUUUGAUACUUUAAUUUAAAAAGAACAUAAAGAAAAGUUGGGAAACCAAUAGUGUCACAACACCAAGAUUUCUGUCUUUAGUGC